AUGCCGGUCAUGUUCUCCCAGGGCAUGGAGCUCAUCAGCAACUUUGAGUUGCGUUUUGCUGGAAGAACUUGGAAAACCAGCUGCUGCUCCCAUAAUGCAGGCAAACCAUCCCAGUACGUUGUAAAUCUGAUUUAUAAACGAAAAGGCCCGGCCCCAGGCCUCCUCCUCCUCCUCGCCCUCGCCACGGCCCUGCUGGUCCUCGCCGUCCGGCUGGGCGGCUGGCGGACAAGGAGACCGAAAGAACCUCCCCUCGUGACUAGUUGGAUUCCUUUCCUUGGGAGCGCCUUGCACUUCAAGAAUGAUCCCUUUCACUUCUUAAAAACUCAGCAGGAAAUUCAUGGCAGUAUCUUCACUGUCUUCUUUGCUGGAAAAUACAUUACAUUCAUCCUGGACCCAUUCCAGUUUCCCAUGAUCACCAGAACCAGCAAGCAUUUUGACUUCAGAGAGGUUGCAUACCAAUUGGGCCAAAAAGUCUUUGACUACCAGCCCUUGAAAACCACACCGAACCUCAGCAAAGACAUCCACGAAUCCUUUCGUUACCUCCAGGGCAAACCUUUGGACAAACUGGUGAGCCAGAUGAUGUACAAUUUUCAGUGUAUAUUUGAGGAGAAGUUUUCCAGAAUGGCAGAUUGGGAAACAGAACAAAUGUACACGUUCUGCCACGCUGUAAUAUUUGAAGCCACGUUUACAACCUUGUAUGGAAAGUAUCCUGCUGCAGAUGGCCACAGAGUUAUUAAUGAAAUAAGAGAAAAAUUUGCAAAGUUCGAUGCCAACUUUGUGAAGUUAGCAGCAAACAUUCCGAUUGAGUUGCUAGGCUCCACCAAGAAGAAUCGCGAGUUCCUUAUACGACAGUUUAUGCCUGAGCACAUGGUCAAGAGGCAACUGGCUGCCGAGGUUAUACAAUUUAGAAAAGAAUUCUUGGAGAAGUACAAGUCGCUCCAGGGUUAUAGCAAAGCAGCACAUCAUUUUGGCUUUCUGUGGGCCUCUGUGGGAAACACAAUUCCAGCUACAUUCUGGGCCAUGUAUUAUCUUCUGCGGCACCCAGAAGCUCUGGCAGCGGUGCGUGACGAAAUUGACCAUUUGCUGCAGUCAACAGGUCAAGAGAACAGGCCGGGCAGCCUCAUCUACCUCACCAGAGAACAAUUGGACAACCUGGUCUACCUAGAGAGCCUCAUCUUAGAGAGUUUUCGGUUAAGCUCGUCAUCCACCAAUUUUCGGGUCAUCCAGAACGAUUGCACUCUCCAGCUGGAGGGCGGCAGGGAUUUAAGCCUUCGGAAAGGAGACUGGCUGGCCCUUUUCCCUCCGACCAUGCACAAAGAUCCUGAGAUCUUCGAAGAUCCUGAGGUGUUCAAGUUUGAUCGUUUUGUGGAAAACGGCAAGAAGAAAACCACCUUCUUCAAAGGAGGAAGAAAGCUAAAAUAUUUCCUGAUGCCAUUUGGAUCUGGAGCCAGCAUAUGUCCCGGCCGCUUCUUUGCCAUGAAUGAGAUAAAGCAGUUCGUGGUUUUGGUAGUAUUUCACUUGGAGGCCGAAAUCAUCGAAGCGAAGAAUUUGGUGUGUAGCAACAAUAAACGCCUGGGUCUUGGGAUCCUUCAUCCAGAUUCAGAUAUUUCUUUUAGGUACAGAUGGAAACAAUCUUUGACUGCUAAUUGAUGGUGGCAAAUAUUCUCUUGACAAGGUUUGUUUCCACAUUGGUGUGUGACUCUCCUUUCAUUCAUUGGGUUGCAGGACAAAUCGUCACACCAAUCAAUCAACUGUAUUUUUUAAGCCCUCACUGUGUGCAGAGCACUGUAUUAAGCGCUUUGGAGCUCAUGUCCCCUGAGCUCAUACCCAAUCAUCUAAAAAUGUGAAUUGUCAAAUCCCCCAAAGCCAUGUAGACUUUUCUCUCCAUGGAUUUCUUGGGCAGAUUUGAAUUCCAGAGCCUUUUAGGAUUUCAAUUUUUAGACCGUUUUGAUGUUAGUGGUAUUUAGAUUAUUUUUCACCAGGCCGUCUACGGUUAGGCCCUCGGUGGGGGGGGGGAUGUGUAGGCAUAACAGGCAUGUUCCCCUGCAGACAUUGCUCGUCAACAUCACUUGUUGGUUUAGACAGAUGCCCCUUCUGGGACUAAUAAUACUAUAAUAAUAAUUUGUAUUAUGGUAAAGGCGUAUUCCCCUGGUUCCAAACAACCACAGUAUGCAAAGUGCGGAGUCCCGUCCAGCACAAAUUGAAGACAUCGCCCAGGAUCCGAGAGUCCAGCCCAGCAUUUCAUCCUUUCAGCUCAGGAAAGCCAUUUACUCUCCCAGCUCCUUUCUUCCCUUUCACCAUUUGGUUCCUGCCCUCCCUGGUCCUGAGAAGUUUUUAUGCUACCCUCACUCCGACCUCUGGUCCCUCCUCCCCAGCUUCCCUGGCUUCCCCCCAGGUCCCAUUACUGGGCUCCAGGACUGUAGAGUAUUUUUAAAGCCACCUUGGGCUACAUGGUCCCUCCUCCCCAGCUUCCCCCCAGGUCCCAUUACCAGGCUCCAGGACUGUAGAGUAUUUUUAAAGCCACCUUGGGCUACAUGGAUGGCUUCUACCUUUGGAAGCUGCCGAGACCCACGAGAUUCUUCACCUCGGCUGAUAAGGGCUUGGCCUCAUGAGCCCUCGUGACCCGGUGCCACUGCUAGAAGCCACAGGAGCCCUCCCUGUCACUGGGGGAAGCCGUAGGCGGCCUCCUUGCUGUCCAGGUCGAGCACGCUUUUCCCCAGCCCUCCUGAGCCAGCUCUAGAGCGCUUCCUCCCCUGAUACAAUCACCACAAUGUCCUGGCGUUCCCUUUCCCCCACUCUUCGUGUCCUGAUCCUGGUGGUUUCGAGCCAAGUGUGAUUCUGUGGUUAUGCAAACAAAUUUAGAAUGGGAAAAUAGGGUGGGCUUUCCCACCCGUUUCAAAGCCAGCCUACCCUAGCUUCAAACCAACAUCAAAGCCGUCCGGUUCAUGAAGUCGACAAUACAGCAAGAGAACAUUCUUGGUGAUCAUGUCUGACUAAGUUUUGAAAUUCUUCUUUCAAAAGGGAAAGCAAAAUGGUUCAAUUCUUCUUCCCCAAAGACAUUCCUCCUCUCAGCAGCUUUGCAACUCGCUUCCCUCAUCUUGUUCAUUAUCGAGUGUUAUCUCCCACCCCACCCCACCCCAUCCUUUCAGUUAAUUAAUAGAUUAUUUACUUGCAUGCUCCUAAUACUUGUAAAACAUUAUGAUAGAAAAUGGACACGACCAACAAGAUCCGAAUCCUCAGAGAAGAAAAUUUAAUUUCUCUGAGAUACAUUGGAUGAAAAUGUUCUCUUCGUGUAUAAUAUCAACAAUCUCUACUUUGCCGGUGUACACUUUUCAUUAAAUGGGUUUUGCAGUUGAUUAAAUGCCUCAACUUUGCUUCAACAUUUAAUCAACCAUAAACGAUCUUUAUUGCUCUGUAUACUCUAGCUCAAUAGAACAAAAUUUGUUUUUAUAUAGGGCCUCUAAUGUUCAAGUUAGAUUCUGAGAGUGCUUAACUGUAUAAGAAAACACAGAAUCCAUUACACUCUCAGCAAUUGCUCCAGACAUUAGAACCAGUUUUAUCGAGGGAGGGAAUGUUGUCCUCAUUACCGAAUUGUCUGUGGACAUUAUUGCAUCCGUGUUUGCACUAAAACAUCCUGUGUCAAAAAUCAAUGUGUCCUGCCUUCCUCUUGAACAAAUUGUGAAAACGAACAGGUGUUUGUUUGAAACACAGCACCCUGUUUUUUUUAAGUAUUUUGAGCCUUUUUAUUUUGAAUUGCAAUACUCUGUGAUUAGAGUAUAUUUUGAUACAACACACUGUGACAUAGUGCCAACACUGAAAGCAUUUGUAAUUUCAGAUUACUAAAUGAUCAGCUGGUAUAGGAAAGAAGAUGAAGCGGAGAUGAUAUCUAUAAACAGGCAGAGCCAAGGUAGGUUCGUCUGCCCGCAGUCCAACUCUAAGCCUCGCUAAAGAUGGGAUAGAAACCUCUGAGCCAUACUGCCUACUGUGGUCCCUAAAAUCUGAGUCUCUCCUGUCCCAUAUACGCCAAAUGCAGAAUCAACCUGAUUCUUUUAUCGGUGGCAAGUCGUGCAGAACAAGGGAGGUCUGUGACGGAAGGGUUCCGACAGUUAUCAGUAGCACAGCGGGGUGUAUGUGAACCAUGUUUCUCACCAUAGAAAAAGGAAGGGGACACUCCCCCCUGCCCCCACUAUGCCCACCCCAGGACGCUCGGUACCUACUACAGGGGCAAAACCUUUUGGGCCUCCUCUUUUAAUCACUUCUUCCUCAAAAGGAAAGGCAUCUCAAAAUCCCAGCCGAACAAACAGUGUAUUCUCACUGGAUUCCUUCAGUACUCAUUACUGCUUACCUGAGGAGACAGGCGGAGACUCUUACUGUGAAAGAAAAACACAAAUCAUUCGAACUCUUCUGGGUCUCUCGUGUACAGUGAUGAAAGCUCCGUCCUCUCUGUGAGCAGAGAAGCUUUCCUUUCCGACAGCCACCUAAUACCCUGGCUCUUUGGGGGAAAAAGAAAAAGUCUCUAGGUGCAGUAGCUAUUUUUGAGCCAAACAUAAAUUCAAUUCUUUUCCCUGUGAAUCUUCCCAAAUUUCCAAGUAAAAUUUUAAAUCAUAGGUAUGGUGUUUAGUAAGCACUUACUCUGUGCUUAGUGUUUUGUUAGAUGACAAAAUAACCCUUCAAUACUACCAGAAACUAAAGCUAAAAAUGUACCCAUUUGGCUCACGUGCCUGGUUAAACAAUGUGAAUAAUAGCAAAAAAAUCUUGUAUCUUGCUGCCUCCCUCGCAAAAGCGAUUUUGAACCUAAUAAUAUAUGAAGUGACAUUAGACUGUUUCCAUGAACACUGUUAUAAUAUAUCCAUAUACAUAAUUAAGAAAUUUGCCAGCUAACACUAAUAAUACCUUCGUUUUGUGUAGUGCUUUUAAUCCCAAAGUACCCUCGCAUUAAUUACCUCAUUUUUGCCUUCACGACAAGCCUGCGAGGUAGGUAGAAAGGCAGGUGUCCUUAUCGCCAUUUUGCCAAGGAGACCGAGGUUCGGAGAGGUCACACAGCAGCCUGGUGACAGACCUUAGACUCAAACUCAGAUCCUCUGGCUUCCAGACUGGCACUCUGCCCUGUGACCCUACUGCCCCUAAGUAUUAUUGUGUUUAAUUAGAAUGAUGGAUUACCAAGAUAUUUUUUAUCAUUUCAAACAACUGCAGAUUCCUGUUGGUUUUCUGUCAUAGUACUUGGUAUCUGAAUUAAUUUUUUACUUUAAAUGUUUCAUCACUCUGUGAAUAAAAAUGAGAGUUGGUAGCACUACUUUGUAGCAGGAAAUAGUUCUUCAAUUUUUAGGUGCCAGAUACAAGGCGACAUAUGAUAUAUAAAGAAUUCUCAUCCCGAUUAUUGUGACAUUAUCUUCUGGAAUCAAAAAGAUGUGUGUGAAUUUGAUGAAAGAUAAAAUUGUCUAAAGGAAUGUCAGCUGGAUGGUUCAUAUGCUUUGCAAACGUAAUCAUCUUGUAUUUCAAAGAGGUAACGGAAUAAAUCAACUUUA